AGCAAAUGUCUCUUGUCCUGCUUACACACACAAACACACUCACCACGUGCCUGUUUGUCUGUCCGUCUGUUUUUGGGCACUAAAGAAGGGGAGAGGAUCCACCAUCUAAUCACAACUGCUGAAUCUCCCACCUGAAAAUUUGUACCAUGGACGCAGCAGAGUUCCGGCGCAGAGGGAGAGAGAUGGUGGACUUUGUGGCGGACUACCUGGAGAACAUAGAACAGCGACCUGUCUACCCAGAUUUGGAACCGGGGUAUCUUCGUUCCUUGAUCCCCACUGAGGCCCCACUGGAGCCUGAGAAUUAUGAGGAUAUUAUAAAGGAUGUGGAGAGGGUCAUAAUGCCAGGGGUCACCCACUGGCACAGCCCGUAUUUCUUUGCCUACUUUCCAGCUGCUUCCUCUUACCCUGCCAUGUUGGCCGACAUGCUGUGUGGAGCCAUUGGCUGUAUUGGAUUCUCUUGGGCUGCCAGCCCUGCCUGUACAGAGCUGGAGACAGUGAUGUUAGACUGGCUGGGGAAGAUGCUGCAACUGCCUGAACAUUUUAUAGCCGGGACUCACGGUCACGGAGGAGGUGUCAUCCAGGGCACAGCCAGUGAGGCAACCCUGAUGUCCCUGCUCGCUGCUCGCUGUAAAGCUAUCCGACGAGUCCAUGCUUCCAUUCCUGAAAAUUCGGAGGCUGAUAUCCUCUCCAAACUGGUGGCAUACACCUCUGAGCAAGCUCAUUCCUCAGUGGAGCGUGCUGCUCUGAUUGGAGGAGUGAUGAUGAGGAAGGUUCCUACAGACAACAGCUAUGCUGUCAGAGGGGACAUGCUUAAGAAGAUUGUGGAGGAGGACAAAGCAGCUGGACUCAUCCCUUUCUAUUUCUGUGCGACUCUUGGCACCACUCCAUCAUGUGCUUUUGAUCACAUCACCGAGCUGGGGCCCUUAUGUAAUGAGGAAAAUAUGUGGAUGCAUAUUGAUGCAGCAUAUGCUGGGAGUGCAUUUAUCUGUCCUGAGUUUAGGCCUUUGCUGAAUGGCGUGGAGUUUGCAGACUCUUUCAACUUCAACCCACACAAAUGGCUUCUUGUCAACUUUGACUGCUCUGCAAUGUGGGUGAAGAAGAGAGCAGACAUUAUUGGAGCCUUCAAGAUGGAACCACUCUACCUGAAACACGAAAACCAGGAGUCAGGGCUGGUCACAGAUUAUAGGCACUGGCAGAUUCCACUGGGAAGAAGAUUUCGCUCACUAAAGAUGUGGUUUGUUUUCCGUUUGUAUGGACUUAAAGGCCUGCAGGCUCAUAUACGGAAGCAAGUGGACUUGGCCAAGGAGUUUGAGAGUCUGGUACGGGCAGACAAGAGGUUUGAGAUCUGUGCUGAGGUCAUCAUGGGACUGGUCUGCUUCCGGCUCAAGGGCUCCAACGAGCUGAACCAGAACUUGCUGAAAAGGAUCACUGAGAGCAGGGAGAUCCACCUGGUGCCUUGCCAGCUCUCUGGCCGCUUUGUCCUGCGCUUUGCCAUCUGUGCACGCUCCACUGAGUCACGUCACAUCCAGCAAGCAUGGCGGCACAUCACUCAGCUGACCUUUGAGCUUUUGCAGGAGCCCAAUCAUUGACCAAAAGUCGAGGAAGGAGCUGUCCACUCUGAUGCCUAAAUGAGGACCAAAGUUAGGACAAAAAUUGAGUUUCAUGUUGCAGAUGUAAAAUGUCAUAAAGGGAAUGAACAAUGAUUUCACAGCUCAAUUAGCAGUCAGGUGUUUCUGUCUGCAGUUAUCCUGUCUAGUAAGCAGGCCAUUAAUAACUUAUAACAAAAAAACCCAAUGUUCAAAGGAAAGAUGCAGGUUCCAAAUAUUACAUUUUCUAUCUGCAACUUCUUCUUCCAUUGACUUAGCUUUUAUCUCUUAGUGUUUAAUGAGCAUGUUAUCGUCCUUAUCACAAUGCACCCAUCCCCAUGCAGACUUGUCUUUACUGUUUAUGCUGCUUAUGUGUCUCCUGUGUGUAAAAUUUGGGCUGGGGUGAAUUCAAGAUUUGGUUUGGUAGGUUUGGGAUACAUUUCUUGAGUUCUGCAUUGAAUGUAUUGCACAUUGUGUGUGUGACAGAUUUUUUUUUAGUCCAUGUGCGUCGGCUAUUUUCUGUGGGUGAUCAUACAGAAACGUCUUUUUAUGUGUAUGUGUAGUGACACACUUUAAGUGAAGGACUAGAAAUAAAUGCAUUGUAAUAGUGUGAGGAAGAUGAAUUAAUCACAUCACUUGGCUAUAUAUUGUAUGGGGUCCUUCACAGAGAUUGAGGUUAAAUAAUUCUAACAUUGCUCCUAGUAAUCAGGAUGAACCCCUUUUAUAAGUGCAUUAAUUUAUUUUUGACCUUAUUAGAAAAAAGUAGUUGUAUUUAAUAUAAAUAAUGGCAGGCAAUGGCCUAUCAGAAUUAUUAUUUUUUACCAUAAAUCUUAUCUUAUUAAUCUUAUUAAUCUGUACAGUGUCUUAUGCACAGAUGGCCAGUAUUACCCAAAACUGUAGCAAAAGACAAUCACUCUUUCACUGAAGGUCAGUUGGAUGAGAAUUAAAGUAUGCUACUUUUUGGGUACACAGGACCACUAUUUGUUUCCUUCUCUCAAUCAUUACAAUUAUACUGGGAAUUUAUUAGUGACACAGACUUAACAUGAUUGCCUUGUACUGUAUAGUAUUUUGUAUUUUAUUUAUUUCAGGCAGAAACAAAUGAACAAAUGACUAGAGUUGAAAGAAAUUUAAAUCUAAGUCAAUACAUUCAAUAUUCUGAGUGCACACUGUCUAACACUGAUUCUGUGUGCCAAUACAGUAAGGUCAUUCAAGUGUACCAUUGUGUUUAAGAGGAAUCCAGAAUCGUUUAUAUUCCCAACAUAUCUCUCAUCGUAUAUGUUUAACCUUUAGCAUCAAGAUUUAAGGCAUGAUGCUGUCAUGAUGAACACAUGUAGUUAAAAAAAGAAUAGUGUCCUCUCUGUUGUCCACAUGCACAAUAUGUCUUGUCGCUAUGGUUUUUAGCUCGCUAAUCCUUCACAUUUGUCUGCCAGGAGAUAUGUAAAUCUGUGGCGUGACAUCACCAAACCUUGUUGUUAAUUCAUAUGAUUGUGUCAGUCAGCUGCUGUUGCUGAUCCAGGUGUUUUCUUUUUGGCUUGAUUGUGUGCUGCAUGCAAUGAUAUAGGUUUAUUUUAUUAAAGUGUACUGUGGUCUG